CGAAUUUUGAAACGGUUGCUGAAGAAAACAUUUAAUCGAGCUCACAGUCAGUCACCUACUUUUUCCAUCUCAGUUGUACAGAGAUGGAUGAAGAAGAGAGCACAGAGCGACAGAUGCAGAUCGCUAUGUUGUGUCAACGACUUGCAAAGAUGAAGCAAUUAUUCAAUGAUGAUGACACAGAUUACAUCAACCAGGCCAUCAGUUCAAACUCUCCCGACACCUGCCAGACAUUUCUGACCAAUCUGGAGAAGAAAGGCAACCCACAGUCUGACCCCAGCCUUCUCACCAAGCUCAUCGACAGCUACACACGGGUCUUUUCCAGCAUGCCAUUGGGAAAAUACAGUCAGAAUGAGAGCUAUGCCAAGAUGCUGGUCAGAUUUGCAGAGUUAAAAGCCAUCCAGGAUGUAAAUGAUGCACAGGCUAGUUUUGAUAUAGCAAGGUUCCACUGCAAGGAUUUUGCCUUUGUCCACAUAGCAUAUGCUCAAUUUGAACUCCUGCAAGGCAACAUUAAAAAAUGCACUUUGAUACUUCAGAAGGCAUUCGAAAUGAAUGCUAAACCCAGAGCCUUUCUGGAAGCUGCUGUGCGGAAUCUAAAUUUCGGAAAAUGCCAGCUCAUCUCAUGUGAAGAUAAAGAGAACAUAUCGGUGUCUUCACAUGAAAAUGCACAAGAGUCUCUGAAAAGCAGCUCCAGAAGAUCAGAUGGAACAUUUGACCUGCAGGCCACAGGCAUGUGUACCCAGGGGAAUGAUCAAAAGUUCAGUCCACAAGAUGAAAAUUUGCCUGUAUGGAGAUCAGGGUCACAACAGAGAAGAAUCAACAUGGCAGACAGAGUGCCCAUGGUGCCUCUCUCCAUCCCUGAAAACGAGAGCAGCGACUCUGAAAGUGUUCAGAAACCUGAAGUUCCCACCUACAGCAGUAGUUUCUCCAGACAAACACAAGGUUCCAGUGUCCGUGCCGCAUUCCCGUUGUGUUCCUCCAAGAAGGCGACUUCAGAUAGGGACUCCUACAGUUUAUUAAACCUUAAGCCGCCUGUGAUUAGUCCAGAUCAUCGUCGUGAAGACAUUGAAGAGCAGGACACCAUCACAGAACUCCUACACAAACAAGAAAGAAAAGAAAGUGCUAGAAUGGAUGACACCACUGUCUUCAACCAGAUGAUCAGCUCAAACUCUCCUGAAAGUUGUCAGAUUUUCCUGAGUAACCUUGAGAAGAGAGGAGACCCGCGUUCAGACCCAGCCUUUCUCUCCAGACUUCUGGACUGCUACUCAAAAGUGUUCGGCAGAUUUCCCCUGGCAAAGCAUAGCAAAACCGAAUGCUAUGCACGAAUGCUUGUGAGAUAUGCAGAGUUGAAAGGAAUUGAAGAUCCAGAAGACGCCCAAGAUAAUUUCAGUAUUGCCAGAUCACACUGUAAAGCUUUUGCUUUUGUGCAUAUCGCACAUGCUCAGUUUGAGCUCUCACAAGGCAAUUUCAGGAAGAGUAAUUUAAUUCUUCAGAAAGCUCUGAGCUCAAACGCAAGGCCAGUUGAACUGCUGCAGACUGCAAUGAAACAUUUAAACUCUGGUCAAACUCAACUGCUCCCCGCUGAGGAUGAACAGAACACUGCAGAAAAUGUGGAAGCACAAAAUAACCGAAAGGAAGAAUAUCCUGCAAAGGCUCCUAAGGGGCAGCUAAAGCCUCCUGUUAAGGAGACAUCUUCAGAAUGGAAGAUUCCUGCUGUCAUAAACAGACAUGCAUCUCCAGAGGAUCGUAAGCCUCCUGCAGACCUCAUUCCUGCAUCAUCCUCACUUCAUGCUUUGAGAACUCCCUCUGCCCCAGCACCUCCUCGAUUACACCCGACUCUCAGCUGUCAGACUCCCAACUACAAAGAUCCAAACGCAAACAGUUUUGUGACUCCUGUGGUAAAACAGCGGCCAGUGAUUGUGUCUGUUCCAUCAACGGCUCAGAAAAUGGGUCACGCUCCGCUACCAUGCACCCCUCAAAGCCAGGUGUCCUAUAUUCAGCACCAAUCACAGACACCUGCCUCAGCUUUCUCAAACGAGACCAUCACAAUCAAGGGCAAACAGUUCUUUGUUUUCAAGAUGAUCGGCAGAGGCGGAUCCAGUAAGGUCUAUCAGGUUUAUGACAAUAAGAAGCACGUGUAUGCUUUGAAAUAUGUGAAUCUAGAGGAGGCUGAUGCACAGGCGGUGGAAAGCUACAAGAAUGAGAUCGAGCACUUGAAUCACCUUCAACAAUACAGCGACCAGAUCAUUAAACUGUAUGACUAUGAGAUUAACAACAGCUACAUUUACAUGCUGAUGGAGUGUGGUCACCUGGAUCUCAACACCUGGCUGCGCAACCGUAAAUCAGUCAACCCUCUGGACAGAAAGUGUUACUGGAGGAACAUGCUGGAGGCUGUACACACCAUCCACAAACAUGGUAUCAUCCACAGUGAUUUGAAGCCAGCAAAUUUUGUGAUUGUGGAUGCUUCACUGAAACUAAUAGACUUUGGAAUCGCCAACCGCAUUCAGCCUGAUAUGACCAGCAUUAUGAAGGACUCGCAGGUGGGGACACUAAACUACAUGCCACCAGAAGCCAUUAAAGACACAUCUUCUAAUGGAAAGCCAGGGUCAAAGAUAAGUGCUAAAGGAGACGUAUGGUCUCUUGGCUGUAUCCUGUAUUGUAUGACUUACGGAAAGACUCCGUUCCAGACCAUUACCAAUCAGAUAGCCAAAAUUCAUGCCAUCAUAGACCAGUCCCACGAUAUCGACUUUCCUGAUAUUCCAGAAAAGGACCUGCUUGAUGUGCUCAAGAAAUGUCUUGUUCGGAAUCCUAGAGAAAGGAUUUCCAUCGCAGAACUUCUUGAGCAUCAAUACUUGCAGUUGCAACCACAGCCAGCACCUGACCAAGCAGAACCAUGUAACAGUGAUUUGAAGAGAAUUCUCAACGAGCUUGCGGCACUUCAGUCCCCCAACAGUAUCGCGAGAGCUGCUAGUAACCUGGCCAAGAUGUGCAACAGUGGGAAGAAAUUGGAUGUUUCUGAAUGUGUGAAAACAUCCACUCAGACGCUGUGGAAAUAAUGAAGAUGCCAUGCGAGUCGUCCAUCAUGACAUGUGGAGAUAAUGGAGACUGGAUCAUAAAGCAGGACUCCACUUUUCCUAGUAAAACCACUAUUACUCAUCUAAAGGUCCAGGAGCCACUGAGCCAAACCUUCAUCUUUUUCAUCACUAAAUGCCAUCUUGCUUUCCACCUUGUUCUGAAUGUGUUAAGGAAAUGCCAUACUUUUUGUUUCUUCCUUAACUUCUGAUUUUAUGUGAAUACAUGAUAUGCUCUAAAAAAGUGUACAUGACAAAUAAAC